GGAGGAAUGGCGGCCCCUCGGAGUUUCUUCAUCUCUCUCUCUGGUUUAUUUCUGCUUUUAUAUUUCUCUUGUGGAUCUACGACCUCAGGCAGCAGGAGAACAAACCAGGAGCGAUGCGGCUACAAGGUGCAGUCUGGUGCAGAUGGAGGUCGGAGGUUGGCUGUCACCUUCAGAGCUGACAAUUGUUCGUUAAACUACCCGUUGGGGAAACAUGUGAUCCAUGAGGUCUCCAACGUCUCCUUCAGCCAUCUGGCCUGUGAGGAUCAGGCUGCUGUGGUUGUCCACUGGUCUGCCAGUCCACUAGGAAUCGAACACAUUAAAGGUUUCAGAGUUUAUCUGGAGGACAAGAAUCCAGAAGGGAAACAGUGUCAACAUCUGAUCCUCAAAGACCCUCGACAGCUCAACUUCUCCUACAGGAACACGAAGCUGAGCAGUCAGCCGUUCAGCGGUUUGUCCUUUGACACCGACUACAUGGUUCGUGUUGUUCCUUUCCCGACUCUGAUGAACGAGAGCUUCUUCCCACCGUCCUUCCUCAGGACCAACUCGUGUGAAGUCCUCCUGGGAUCAGACAACCUGGUCUGCAAACCAUUCUGGAAGCCGAAGACCCUGAACGUGUCUCAGCUGGGGUCGAACCUCCAUGUGACGUUCGACCAGGCGCCACCUUCAUUCGGAUUCCACUUUUACUACUUGUACUACAAACUGCGACAGGACGGACCCUUCAGACAGCAGCGCUGCAAACCUGACAUGAACCAGCCCAGAACUACAUGCAUCCUCCAGGACGUCACUCCAGGGACCUACACUAUAGAGCUGAGAGACGACAGUAACACAACCAGGAGGCAGAGUCAGUACCACGUCAGCCAGGUCCACUCACCCUGGGCGGGGCCUAUCCGUGCCAUGGCCAUCACCGUGCCUCUGGUCAUCAUGUCUGCCUUCGCCACUCUCUUCACCGUCAUGUGCCGCAAGAAACAGCAAGAAAACAUCUACAGUCAGCUGGACGAGGAGAGCAGCGAGUCGUCCAAUCACAGUGCAGCACUGAACACAGAGCGUCCGUGGCCCCGCCCCAAAGUCUUCAUCUGUUACUCCAACAGAGACUGUCCCAAACACACCAGCGUCAUCCAGAGCUUUGCCUACUUCCUGCAGGACUUCUGCAACUGUGAGGUUGUGUUGGACCUGUGGGAGCACCUGGAGAUGUGCAAAGAGGGUCAGAUGUCGUGGCUCAGCAGACAGCUGGAUGAAGCCAACUUCAUCAUCACCGUCUGUUCCAAAGGCCUACGCUACUACGUGGAGAAGAAGAGCCGAAGAGGGAAGACACCAGUCAGCCGCCGCAGUAACAGCAGCAGCAGCAGCAGCAGCAGCAGCAGCAGCUCUCCGAUCAGUGGAUCAGGUGGUGACCUGUUCAUUGUGGGCGUGGCUAUGAUCGCUGAGAAGCUGCGGCUGGCGAAGCAGAGCGAAGGGGGUGGAGCUCAGGAGCUGAACCGCUACAUGGCGAUUUACUUCGACUAUUCCACAGAAAAUGACAUCCCCACCAUGUUGAGUCUGGCUCCCAGGUUCAAGUUGAUGGACCAGCUGCCCCAGCUCUUCAGUCGGCUCCAUUGCAGUCAGUCCAGUUUGUCAGAUCGAGAGUCGCAGCCUCUGAUGGUCUCCAGGAGGAACUACUUUAGAAGUCGGUCCGGACGCUCACUCUACGUUUCCAUUUGCAACAUGCACCAGCACAUCAGCCAGAACCCCGACUGGUUUGAGAAGCAGUUGGCUCCCUCGGGAGGUUCAUCUGCCUCCUCCUCAAAACAUUCUCCUCUCCCUGCUGUCCCGGCUCCAAGUCCUCCUCCAAAGCCCUCCUGCCCGUCGUCCUCAUCUCUACCCGAGCAGAGGUUUGACUCUGGCUUGGUGCUGAAUGAGGUGGUGGUGAAUACGCCAUCCCUAGAGGGUGGGGAGGCAGCGCCGAGGAGGAACAUGCUCCUGCUGGCCCCUGGCUCCAGUCCCAGCCUUAACUUAGGCCACAGUCCUAGUCCCAGUCCUGGUCUCUGUCCUAGUCCAGACCUACCACACUGCACUCUGUCAAUGCUGGGACCCACUUCAAGGUCCACCUCUGGAAUAUCUGGACUGUUACCUGAAGAGUCGUCCUCGUCCUCCGCUCCCUCCAUCCUCCAGGAUGGGGUGUGCCCUGUCCUCACCCAGGCAGAAGAAGGCCGCCAUUCCCCUCCAGAUCUCCCGCCCCCUCGUGAUUCGGGCAUCUAUGACUCAUCUGUCCCUUCCUCGGAGCUCUCCAUUCCUCUAAUGGAGGGACUGUCACAUGACCAGGUGGACUCCUCCUCCCUGGCGGACAGCGAAUCAUCUUCUUCUGGGCUCGGUGACGAGGAGCCGCCCGCUGUGACAUCGCUCCGCUGCAGCGCUGCCACAGUUUGUAAAGCUGAGCUUCACCACCAUCACCACCUGGAGCACAGUGACGGACUCACACCUGUGGCAUCAUUGUAGGGGUGACACCUCCUGUCGAUCAAAGGAGGACCAGCCCAGUGAUGUCAUCACAGGGCCAAAACUGUAUUGGUCAUGGACCUGAAUCAUCUCUUAAUAGUGCUGUCAUCCCAUCGCCACAGAAAUGAAACUGGACAUUUAAUGGCACUGCAGUGGUUCACCUAUGGCAAUGACUGUGCUCUAGACCACUGGUCUGUAGUAACUAUGGCAACCACUGAGUUAGAGGACACUGGCAAGUAUUGGUACCACUGAGUUCUAGAACACGAAUUGCUGGUGACUAUGGUAACCACUAGGGGUGUAGUGAUCCAUCCAUCAUGAUCGAUGUAUCAAUUCAAUGGUCAGCGAUCCCUAAUCACUGAUGCAAAGUGAAAACAUUCAUUUUUAUAGCUGUGGGGAGAGGCUUGCCUUCAGGGUUUCAGGCCAGAUCGCUCAAUAGUUUUAGGAAAGAGAUAAUGUUUUGGGUGAAAAUGAAAACAUUUCUUCCAGAACGGGCUCUCUGGCAGAAAGCCCUGACGACUAACUUAUCCCAUGUGCUGUUUUAUGUGUGUUAGUGGAGUCAAUUCAAAGAAAACUAAACUCAACCAGAAACAAGUUUUUACAAUUAUCUGUGUUGUUUUUAUCUUUUAUAGACAUAAGCAAAAACAGACAAAUGGUGGCAGCUUCGGCUGUAGCUGAGUGUGAUAAAUCAACGUAUGAUAUCGUCUCGUGUUGAUCACAGGCCCAUGAAUCAUGUUGCAUGGCAUCAAAAUUGUAUCUUGGCAGACUAGGUAACUACUGUGUCAUAGAACUCUAGGCCCAGAUAACUAAGGUAACCACUCACUACUCCCUGGUAAUCAUGGUAACUACUCUGUCUAGAACACUAGUCCUUGAUAACUAUGGUAACCACCAGUUUUAGAAAACUACUUCCUAGUAACUAUGGUUACUACUGCAUUAAGACCAUUAGUUCCUGGUAAAUAUUGUGUUCUAGAACCCUGGUCCUUGGUAACUACAUUAACCACUGAGUUCUAGGACACCACUCCCUGGUAAUCAUUGUAAUGACUGUGUCCAGAACACUAGUCCUUGGUGACUACAGUAACCACUGAGUUGUAGGACACUACGUUUGAGUAACUAUGGUACUGCAUCUAGACCACUUGUCCCCUGGUAACUAAGGUACUUUGUUCGCCCCGCUGGUCGCCCUGCCUGGAUGAGUUUUGAAGGACUGGAUCUCCAGACGCUGGCAGAGCGGACCAGCUCAAACCAAAGACUGCCUCAGCACUGCGUCUUGAUUUACUGAUGGACAGCUGACUUAUGUAUGAGUCGAUGUUUAGGCACUUUCUGAUGCAGAAAAGCAGGAAGACAAACAUGUUAAGAUGCUCCCCAGCAACGACAUCCAGUGAGAUCAAAGAUUCUUCAACAAAAGCUGCUGAAUGUAUCAACACCUAACGACGUCGAUAAUGAGGCAGCAUUCCAACAGAGAGGAUAUUUUUUGUAUUAUUCCCAACAUUUAGGACCAAAACCAAGUAUACAACAAAUACUUUGGGGGGGCAAAAUGCAGACCUGUUGAUGAAUGCUGUCCCUUAAAAAGUUUUCAUAUUAGGAAGAGCAGUUUUAAAAGAACAUUUUAUUAACAUGCAUUGGAGUUUAAUGAGCAGGUUUUUCCUUCUAAGUGUUUUAAUAGCAAACUCUGUUUAAAAGGUUUCAAACAUAGAAAUGUCCUCUAAAUAUUUGUUGACUCGUCCUCAUAGCAGCAAGUAACAUGACGACCAUGGCCUAAUCCUAAAUCAUUUAAGUAUAAAAGAAUAUUGACAACUUUUAAACAACUGUCGAACAUGUACUAAAACCUGCUAAUGUGAUGUAAUAAGAUGAAAGAGUUGUGUGAAGUAUGUGUUAAAUUGGAAUUUAGUUUUUUAUUGAAUUUGAUAACAUACAAGUCAAACGCAUUCAGCUGGUGCUGCCACUCAUACACCACGACGUAUUGAAUACUGUGGUUACAUUGUUAAUCUUGUGGUUACAUAUUUUAAAGUAUUGAAUAUUAAUGUUACAUUUAUAGUCGUGUAUUCAUUUGUAAUCCUUUUCUAACGUUGCAGGAAGCAGCGAUGAUGAGGGCAUUAUGAAAAGUUGUAAAAAAUACUAAAUCACUUUAAAGAUGCAGCCGUGGAAGCCCAUUUCUGCCAGAACAAAUUAAAUACAUGAAAUGUUGUCAAUAAAAUGAAGUCACAUUUUUGAUUUACUGUGUGAAAAUUAUGAGAUACAAAGUUAAUGUCAUAAGAUAAUAUUUUAGUCCCCCCCAAAAGUAAGUAAAUAUUCUCAACUUUGAUUAUAAAAUUAAGAUGAAUUAAAAAUAAGUUUGAUUUACUAGAAAAAUUUUGGCCUAAAAACUUGUAAUUGUCUCAAAAUUGUGACUUAGUAAUUAUUUUAACUAAAGCUGAGAAUUCUUAUUUUAUUAAUUCCUUUUUUUGGUGCAAAUGAGCUUCCAUACUCUUCUCAAUUAUUGACCCCAUGAACUUAUUUAAUAUCUGACACAUGUAGAACACUAUGACUGUCAGUUUUUGAUUGUUUUUAUCAUCGGCAGCUGCAGUCAUUUUGUUUCUUAAUCUGGAUCCAGCUGUGUUAAAGGUUUUAUAAAGUCUUUUUUUAUGUCCCUACGUUAAUGUUUGAGUCUCUGCUGAAGGCAGAGUGACGGCUCCUGGUUUAUCUGCAGUUGAUGGAAGGGAAGAUUCAGCAUUUCCAACUUGUAAAUAGUAUUUUUAUUUUUCCUGGAAAUGUCUGUUCUGCUUCAGUUUUGUAUAGGUUAGACUGUUGUUUCAUUAUUCUUUCUACAUUUUAUAGAAAUGUACUGUUUUAUAGUACCUUAAUGUAGGAAAUAGAUAAAUCCAUCUAAUAAAACGUUUGU